AUGUCGCGCCUUUCAGCUCUUCCACAGGAAUUAACCCUUCAGAUAUUCCGACUCCUCGAACUCGGUGACAAAGUUCGUCUCAGUGCAACUUGUAGACAAUACCGAGCUCAAUUGGCGCCAGAGAUCUUUAAAACAAUUCGCCUUACCAACAAUGAGAGGAUUGCACAGUCCGUACUGGGCGCCAUCGAGACUUAUGGCGAGUACACAACUCGUAUGGAGUUUACAGCUCACUGCGGUCCCAAUGACGAGUUAACGACACCUGCUCUCACGCCAGCCGCAGCCAAGGUCAUCCAAGGUCAUCUCACUCCCAAUCUACGCACCUUCAGUCUCAAGUCUGACUUUGACUUUGACAACGGCGAAGAGUGGGAUUCGGAGCAUCCAGACGCCGUGAUGGGAAUGUCAAUAUAUAUAUUCGAAGGUGUGGAAACCGAAGAACACAUCCGAGAGAGGGAAGAGACAUGGCAGUGGCGAGCCCUCAUAAACGAGACCUGGCGGGCCCUGGCAGCCAAUAUCCACGUGAGGGAGCUUAUCGUAGAUGAGCUAAUUCCCAAGAGAACAUCGGCUUUCCUAACAGAAGAGUUUCGUCAAUUUCUCUCUCGUUUAGAGACUGCAUCCUUUAAGAUAUUCGGCACGGAUAACGGCGCAGGGUGGAAGACCAAUACAGUGUGGGGUUAUGUUGACUUCCUUGAGAAAAUGGAUACUACCUUUUUCCACCACAUGACGGGACUCAAACACCUUGCUAUCCAUGCGGCAGAUCCCCUCGGCCAUCAACCGGUUCGCACCAUCCAGCUUUCGCUUAUGCCCGACGAUCUUCCACUAUUGGAGUCGUUGAAGCUGACGAGGUGCUUCGUUGGCCCGGAGCUGGUCUCGUUUAUAGGCGGUCAUCUAAAUGUUCUCAAGUCUCUCGAUGUCAAGGAAUGUGUUGCUGGGGGUGAGCAUCCCUACAUGGAAGAAGCCUACACUUGGGCCAGUUUUUUUGAUGCGGUAUACGAGGCAAAGCCCGCGCUUACCGAGUUAAUUGCUGGCGAUGGCGAUAAUGUACCACUCACGAGGGACGAGAAAUAUAGCCCCGAUUAUCACUUUGAGGACGAACCUGAAGAUAUCCAGGAUAUUCGCCGAAAGCUUAAGGCCGACCCAAGGCUGCGAUUGUUUGGAUAUGGGGCGGUGGACGACAAGUAUGGCAUGUUCUUUUUAGAUGAGGACACGAAUGAGGAGGAGUUUAAAAAAGGAGACGACCAGAGAGCAUUUGAUCGACUCAUGGGCCUUGUAACCGAGAACGCUGCAAAGUCAAAGCAAUGA